AUGAAGAAACUACUUACAAUAUGUUCCAUAUGGAUCAUAUUUACGGGAGAAGUUAAUCUACUUUCGAUUCCCAUUGUGUCUGACAUCCAAGACAUAAUUGGUCUGGUCACCGAUAUAUCUGAUAUUGCGACGGGCCGGCAUGAUUUGACCGCGGGAAAUCUAUUUAAAAAGAAAGUUGACCCUACGUUGGUUGCAGUUAACCAACUAUCCGAUCAGUUAAGCGAACUAACCGAGACGAUCAAUUUGAAGAUGGACAAUAUAAUGACUGCGGUGGUACAAGAUGUUCCCAGGGCGCUUCAAUUAACAAAUCUUAUAAGGAAACUCAUCGAAAUAACCUCCAGAAUUGAUGAAUUAUAUGUCGACUACUUGUUUUAUGUUAAAAAAUCCGAAAGUCUCAAUGAAUAUACGAUCGACGAGUUUGGUAGAGUCGUCACGUCUCACAAAUUUGGAGAUAUUCCCGAUCUUCUGUCGCAACUUUACCAUUUAUUUAUUCCUGGGCCGCUAGAUCAAAAAGACCAGAGUAUUCUUGAUGUCAUGAUAUCUAGUUUUAAGGCUAUAAAAGAAGAGGAUCGGUGUAACCAAUUGAAGUCACCUCAGCAACAUAUUUAUGAUAUUUAUGAAACAAUUAUUGUAACAGAAAUAAAAGGCUAUUCGAUGUCAGCUUGGGCUUAUGGCAUGCUAGCCAUAUAUCAUAAUUCGUCUUUUACGAUAGAAAUAGACAGAGCUACUUAUCUUACCAUGCAAAGAUGUAGCAAAUACGUAUCAGCUGUGUACAAUGCUCUCGAGCUUAUUACAAGGGAUUUAUAUUUGUGUGAUCCACCAGAACAUAUAAAAGGGGAGACCCAUGUCCAAAUAAAUUCAAUUACACGAAUUAUAACUCAUGAAGAUAUGAUGUUCAGCUCCUGCGAUGACGAUUGUUCUAGUAUACAUCAAAGUUAUUAUCGAGGACCACAUGAUUAUAAACAGGAUUUACUCAAGACUUAUUGGAAUCCAAAUCAACCUUGUCUGGGCCUCAUGUACAAGUGUGGAGAAGAAAGAUCUAUCGAUUUCUGCGAAUUGCCACCAGGAUCUGACAAACGCUACUCCUGGAUGAGUGCUAUUGGGUCACCAACGUAUGGUUAUCGGGACAGUUGCUCCGAUGGAACUAAAAGAAGUAUAGAUAUGAUGAUCCAUGUACAAAUCGAGGAAGGAAAAUUGCUCAGGGCCUGUCAGAUCGACCAGAGCACAGUUCGUCUGAAGGAGUUGGAAAACUUUAAAUAUUUGGAAGAGGGCGAUGAAGGAAAAUUCGUUAAAAUAACCGGAGAUGAUGAAGAAGAAUUGAAACACGGCAUCGAUUAUCAAUUUAUUCGUUUUAAACAGCGUGACGUUAACAUAGACAAUGUCAACUCACAAGAGCCAGGUUACGUUGUCACCGGAUUAAAGAUGUCUCAAGACCCAGAAAAUGACAAGGCUAUACAAUUGGACGUCCACAUUACGCCCUUUGAUUUUACAACAGGCUUGCUCGUUCCAACUGAUGACCAACCCUCCAAGUGGAUCACUCACAAGGAUAUGCCGGGUCAUGAUCGCCCUUUUACUGAACGAAAAGAGCAAGAUGUUACCGAAUACGACAGAGGUGAUGCUUAUACCGACAAUCGUCCAAAUUCUGAAGACUUUACGGACAUUUGGUUUGUAAUCAGCAGCAAAGAUACAGACGCUUCGCAAUCAACUGUGCCAUUUAUGGACCGGCGACUUGUUGCAGCGUCACCUAGAGUUCCAAUAGACGGAGUUUCUCUAUUCCAUCGUGGAAGAGCACAAUCUGGAGGGUUCCUCGCAUUUAAUCUGCAGACAAUUGGCUUUCAAUAUUUCAUAAAUCCUAAGAUAAAUCCCGAAGUUGCGGAGAAGUAUCAAAAGCAUUACAAAGAUAUAGAAGAACUCACCUUGUCUGAAGUCGAGUAG